AUGUUGCUGGACAUUCCGCGAGGCCAGACCAUCAGGGACAUUGUGCGACAAUGGCAUAUGGCACCCCUGAUGGAUGAAGUCAUGAGGCCACCAGGCGGUCAGUCCCCCCCGGAGGUGUCGUCGACUUCCUGGCAGCACCCGAUGUUGGCCGAGUAUCACACAUCCACAGCGGCAAGUGACGACGGUCAAAAGCGGUGCGCGGGCCACGGCCAAGGAGACAUGCGCAUGUGGACAACAAGCAGACAGGCCAUCAAGGGCAUUCCCGCAUCCCUCUCGCUGGUCGACGAAGGGCGAGUUAGCGGUGAAGGGACCACAGGGGAGAGUGGGAAGGCCGUGCGUACCCGCUAG